UGCCAAGAAUGGCCCAAGUCGAGCUCCGAACGGUCAAGCCGAUCCGCGUCGCGAUGCUGCGCGCCAGCCUCGCGUCCUUUCAUGACCAAAAAGGCGUCUGGGGCGAGCUCUUGACGUUCAUUUUUGGCCAAGGCCUCGCGCCGCGCGGCCCCACGAUCGCAAAGUACUUCUCGAUGGAGCCCAUUGACCUGGCCGUUUGCUCGCCCUUGGAUCCAACUGACCAAGUCAAGAGCCACGACCGCAUUGUCGUCGAGGACCUCGAGGAAGCGCUCAUGGCCGUCUACACGCACCGCGGCGCCAUGUGCGAAAUCGAAAAGGCGUACGAAGCGCUGUUUCCGUGGCUCGAGGCCUCCGAGUACGAGCAAGCAGGCCCGAGCCGCGAAGUGUACGUCCAGGUGCCGAUGCGCCCCGACGUGGAAAAUGGCGACUGGGACAACAUCAUUGUCGAGGUGCAGGUCCCCGUCAAGCGCAAGGCGACAUAGUAGGCGACAUGACCGAGUUAAAGUCCUUUUCUCCGGAAAACUUGCUUUUUGCGCGGCUACAAAAGCUU